GUAGAAUCCCUACGUCAGCAGUGCCUAAAAGGAAAGGAAGCACAUGCGUUUACUGGCUGUUGGAAACUAAUAUUUGAUAUAACAGGUAUUUUUCAAAGUUCACAUGCCAUCUGACAAUCCAGAAUCUUUGACCUACAGUAAAGAUACACAUUUUUUGCAGUUCAGAUUUACAAGCUGGCAAACUUCAACGAUGUCACAGGCUACUAAACGCAAGCAUGUUGUCAAGGAGCAGACACUCGACGACUACGUCACACCUACAGAGAACCAACAGAUUGUGAGGGUUCUUGGUAGUCGUGGCAACAACCUGCAUGAGGCUGUCACGGCCCAGGGGGAGAACUUCCUGAUCAGCAUGCCCCCAAAAUUCCGCAAGAACCUCUGGAUUAAGAGAGGUGACUAUGUGAUUGUAGACCCUAUAGAGGAGGGAGAGAAGGUGAGGGGAGAGAUCAGCUUCAUACUCUACAGAGACCACAUUCAGCACCUGCAGAAACUCACACUCUGGCCUGCGGCCUUCACAGACGAGCCCCCAUCGGAAGAGAGAACAGAUGCACCACAGCCCAGGGAGGGGAGAAGGGAGGAGAAGGUAGAGGAUUGUGGGAGUGAUCACAGUACUGACUCAGAGGAUGACGAGAGCGAUCUCUUCGUCAACACCAACCGCUGUAACGUCCACUACAGUGAGAGUGAGGAAGACAGUGAGGAUGAGAAGGAUGAAGGGGAGGAUAAAGUGGAGAGCAGCUUUUAGUGGGGAAAUCUUUACAAGAGACAGUACACCGCUGUGGACAAUGUUUACACACAUGUCGCCCUCAGAAUACACUGCUGCUGAAGAAUGAGUUGUGGAUUAUACUCUCCAGUCCCACCCCAUGAAUCCAAUCAAACAGAAAAUCCUGCUAUUUCACCAUUUAUUUGGUGGUUGAACUUAGCAUCCCAUGGACAUAAUAGGUUGGGUAUAUCAUACUUAUACCACUUGUCCUAGAGAGGAACAUUAGCAUGCUUUGCUAAACUGCUAAAAAAAGAGGUUAAUUGUGGAAUUAUUGAACUGGUCCAUGACAUUCCUGACUGAAGAGGUUGUCAUAAUUUAUGUACAUAAUGAUUGUGUAAUAAAAUCUUUAUUGUGGUCUUUCA